AAGAAAAAAAGAAGCCAUUAUGUCGAAAGUGGUCAGCAGCAAGGAGAAGAAAUCCUUCAGCAAAAAGCUGUUCCGCCGGAGUUCAGUCCGCUCCGUGGGCAGCUUCAUGAACAGAGUUCUCCGGACUCUUUCCACGCUGUCUCAUUUCAGCACCGACGAGCAGGCCGCCCACGACGACAAGGACGACGCCGCGCUGAUAGCGACCACCACCGGGGGCUCGGUGCCGUCCGACGACAGCGACUGCGGGGGGUUCCCGUUCGGGGACAAGGUGCCAGGCGUGGCCGGCCUGAAGAACCACGGCAACACCUGCUUCAUGAACGCCAUCCUGCAGUGCCUGAGCAACACCGAGCUCUUCGCGGAGUACUUGGCCUUGGAGCAGUUCCGUGGGGGAGCAGCAGGAGGAGGAGGAGGAGGAGUAGGAGAGGCCGGGAGUGGGACCGACAGCAAGGCGAGUAAGUCCAACGGGGUGCUGGUGCAGAAGAAGGGCAGCCGGCAGCAGCAGCAGCAGGAGUCCGGGGAGGUGACGGAGCAGCUGUCUGGUCUGGUCCGAGCUCUGUGGACCUUUGAGUACACUCCUCAACACAGCAGGGACUUCAAGAACGUGGUGUCAAAAAGUGCUCUUCAGUUCAAGGGGAACUCGCAGCAUGACGCCCAGGAGUUUCUCCUGUGGUUGCUGGAUCGAGUUCACGAGGACCUCAACAACAUCAUCCACCCUGACGUGCGACCCCCCAGGACGCCUCCAGUCGAAAAUGAAAAUGCUCCUGAAGGAUCUCCGUUGCCAACGCCUGGCUCUUUUGUGCAGGAGCUUUUCCAGGCACAAUACAGAUCCUCCCUGACGUGUCCUCACUGCCAGAAACAGAGCAACACCUUUGAUCCUUUCCUCUGCAUCUCACUGCCAAUCCCGGUGCCUCACACACGGCCCUUGUAUGUAACAGUGGUGUACCAGGGCAAGUGCUCCCACUGUAUGAGAGUGGGCGUGGCCGUGCCCCUGUCAGGUACCGUGUCCAGGCUGAGGCAAGCUGUGGCCCAAGAGACCAAAAUCCCCGCCCAACAGAUCGUCCUCACGGAGAUGUACUACGACGGCUUCCAUCGCUCCUUCUGCGACGACGACGACGACCUCGAGAUCAUUCAGGAGAGCGACUCCAUCUUUGCGUUUGAGACGCCCGAGCUCUUCAGGCCCGAACAGAUCCGCUCGAAGAGAGGCGGGAGUCCGCAUGCUAACCUGAACCAGAACAACCUGAAGUACGGCACAGAAAACAACCGGAUAUCCGCCCAAAUCCAGGAGCCCACGACUCCGCCCCCAAGUCCCAACAAGAAUAGCGGGCAGGACGAGAAGGUGGUGUUGCUGGUGUGUAACCGAGCAUGUGCCGGCCAACAAGGACGCAGGUUUGGUAAUCCCUUUAUACUCUACUUGGAGCGUACGGUCACGUGGGAUGUACUACAGAAGGAAAUACUGGAGAAGAUGCGGCACAUUUUGCGCCCUGGAGCCGUUGUGCAGGUUGGGCCCUUCACUUUACGUGUGGUUGGGGUGGUUGGGAUCACAUAUCUCCUUCCUCAGGAGGAGCAACCACUAUGUCAUCCAUCUGUGGAGCGAGCGUACAAGUCUUGUGGUCCCGGAGGGCCGCCUCAUGUCAAAAUUGUUGUUGAAUGGGACAAGGAAACAAAAGACUAUCUGUUCAAAAGAACAGAAGAUGAAUACAUCCCGGAUGCUGAAAGUGUGCGGCAAGUGAAGGAGCAGCACCUCCAGCCUCAGAGCUGUUCGCUGGCCCAAUGCUUUCAACUGUACACCAAAGAAGAACAGCUUGCUCCUGAUGACGCCUGGCGCUGUCCACACUGCAAGCAGCUCCAGCAGGGCAGCAUCAAGCUGAGUUUGUGGACCCUGCCUGACAUCCUCAUACUGCACCUCAAGCGCUUUAGACAGGACGGAGAUCGUCGCAUGAAAAUGCAAAACAUGGUGAAGUUCCCCCUGACCGGCAUGGACAUGGCGCCGCAUAUGGUGAAGAGGAGCCAGAGCAGCUGGAGCUUACCGUCUCACUGGUCACCAUGGAGACGGCCUUACGGGAUGGGCCGUGACCCCGAGGACUACCUUUACGACCUGUACGCCGUGUGCAACCAUCACGGGACGAUGCAGGGAGGACAUUACACAGCUCAGUGUAAGAACUCCAUUGACGGACAGUGGUACUGUUUCGACGAUAGCGACGUUCAUCCUGUAUCAGAGGAAGUGGUGUGCAAGCAGACAGCUUACAUCUUGUUCUAUCAGAGACGUGCCACCAUUCCAUCCUGGUCUGCCAACAGUUCCGUGGGAGGAUCCACAAGCUCUUCCCUGUGUGAGCACUGGAUCAGCCGCCUGAUGGGUAGCCGCCCACCAAGCCAAGCCUCCUCCGGUUCCUCCAGACGAACCUCACUAGCUUCUCUUUCGGAGUCGGCUGAGUUUGCCGGAGAACGAAGCGAGGAUGACACCCUAUCGAGCCGACCCGCGGUGAGAGGCAUGCAAAGGCAGACUUUCUCCUCGAGGACGUCCAUCGCUAGUCCGCUGGUGCUCAGUGAGAAUGGCCAGAAACCUUCCUGGUCUCACUCUGCUAAGCUGCAACUCCGCUCUAACUCUCCUUCACGUUUCUCCCUGGAAUCCCACUCCUCCUCCCCGACACUAGAAAUGAUAGGCGAGGUGGUUGAUACCAAAUUGUCCACCUCCUGCUACAAUGGGUCUCCUAAACUAGGAAGCAAAUCUGUGUUGGAUCAAAAUCCCGGAAGUAAUAGGCUGAUAGAGCAGCUUCACUCCAAAGCUUUGUCUCAGGCAGAGACAAGGAUCUCCGUUCAGACCGGGGACAACAACAAUCUAGUCAGUGGUGCUGAACAAACCAGUCCUCGACAUGGAGCGACUGCAAAGGAGCUGAAGCAAAGAAACGUUCCCGCAGAUAGCUCAGGUGUCAAACGAACCUCAGCAAAGACCGGAUUGGAGGGUGAAAGAAGCCCCAAGAAGCGUCCUGCUGCCUCGUCCACGUCCUCCAGCUCUCUGUCUCCUGCGUCCCCAGCUGUUGAUAAGUCACCUGCUCGACCGCAGGCUAAAGGUGCUACAAACAACCCAAAAGACAAGAGCGACGGAGCCCCGAAGACCAGUAAGGCUGCUUCCUCUAGAACGGCAACACCCUCCAAAAAAUCAUCCCAGACACAGGAGGGGUUACACCCGGAUUCUGCGAGGAAGGGUUGUUCUCCUGGAAGCUCACACCCUCAGAAGAGAACCACGCCCAAAGGAGGUGGUGAUAAAGUCUCAGCUUCAGGUAGGACUAAAGGAGCAGAUAGGAGCGCCAGCCGGGACUCAUCACGGACUGCUGCGCUGGCUGAGAAGAAGGUUAACGGUGGCGGUCCUCUGUGUCGGUCCAGUGCCGGAAGUAGAGUAGAGGGUAGGCCUGGUCGCUCUGUAGAGAACAGGAUGGUUGCACGGAGUUCUAGCAGCAGCUCCUCCAUGGCGAGUCUCCGAUCCUCCAGUGUGGUUGUUCCCCCCACCGGCCCGCCGUCAAGGGCAGCAAGGAGGAACAGUAAGACCGAGGAAAAAGCUUUGUCCUUCUUCAAAACUGCCCUCAGGCCCAAAGACCUUCGCAAGUCGUCGGACGGUGGGACUCCUGAAGAUGGCGGUGGAGAUCUGGCAAAAGAAGGAGGAACCAAAAAACCCCAAAACGCAACCUCCGAGGCCACCGCAGCUAAGGACUCAUCGAAGGUUUCCGUUGCAGCUAAACAUUCACUGCUGCCCUCUGCUAAAUCCAAACUCUCAGAAACCACGAACCAGGCUUCUUCCGCGAAAGACCCUGCGAAGAAAGAACCUGCCAAAAAGACCAUGCCGUCCAGGAAAAUCCCCAUCAACUCCACCCAAUCAAACCAGAGGUCUAAAUGAAAUCCACCUGAGGGCCUCACUCUCCUUUCUAGUGCAGCUCCUUUCAGUGGUCACUGGUUACCAGCUGCCGUACGGGACACUUCCUGUCUACGUUGUUCUCUCGUUAUCUAGGAAUGGAAUUUUACCAAAGCACUUUGUAUGGAUUGCAUUGAUUUCCAGGAAAUACUCUACUGUAUUGUAAAUACGCAUGGGUUGCUCAUGUAUCGGAAUGACUGCCUCGUUUUGUCUGUCGCUUACUGUGGGAGGAAGCCUCGUUUUCACCAGGCGGCCUGGUUCGGCACGUGGAUCGGCGUGGGUGAAAUUUUCCAAAAGAAUUCCCCGACUGGAGCCAUAGCGAAGGUGUUUGUGGACUUCUUUACACAGCAAACGAGGUGAGACUAAGCAGUGCCUCUGCUGGUAGCACCCAAAUAAUGCACCUUAAAUGCUCUAAUUAUAGUCGGCAAAUUUAAACUUAAUUUUUUAAAGUUUAAAAAGAGGAAAGGAAAACUUGACCUUCUUUGACCAUUGUGUACUUUUGCAGAUGUAGCUAAAGCUGCUGGAUACUUCAAAUGCAGCCACUGCCAUCUUGUGGAGUUUUUAAAAAACAUAAAUCUGGAGGUUGCCUACAGCCGCAGUUUUUUUUUUUAAACUGGCGCUAAUUUUUUGCUUUUGUAGACCACUCUGUAGUGUUAAUUGGAGCAUUUAUGGUAGGCGUUAGAGAUGCGCGGUUUGCGGGCACAACCGCGGAGUCCGCGGAUUAUCCGCGGAUCGGGCGGAUGAAAUUUAAAAAAAUAAGAUUUUAUCCGCGUGCGGGUCGGGUCGGGCGGAUCAAUUAGAUUUUUUUUUUUUUGUUUGUUUUUUUUGUUGUUUUUUUGCGGGUGGCAGUUAAACCAAUUCGGAAAUAUAUAUACAUAGUUAAAUGUUGUUACCCACAUACGAAAAACGAGCAGGCACCUGCUGCAUAUGCCACAACAGAAGAAAAAAAAAGAAAAGAG